AUGGCAUCUAAUGCUAACACUCCUGCCGCAGGUCAAACUGCUGGUAAUGGAGCACCUGCCGCACCUGCCGGACCACCUGCUCCUGCUUCAGCUCCAGCAGUAGAAGUCGACAUUGGCAUAAAUCAACAACCAGUGAUCGAAGAAACCAGAAAGCGCAAACAGGAAGGUUUCGAAGACACUCGUCCAAAGCGAUUAGGAAUGCCCAAAGAUGAGGCUAGUCCAGAAGAGCGUGCUUUGGCUGCGUUCAGGAUCAUCAAAAGUGAUCUUGGGAAUUGGUACGUUAGAAAUCGAGGACGUGAUUACCCAGGUCCAAAGACUCUUGCUGGUAAGAUUAAUGGAAGCAGAUCUGCCAUCCUAAUUCUCAAGGAAAUUGGGAGAGGUGCUACCGAAAUGCUUAAUGUUAGAGUCAAGUUUGAUAUGUUCAGUCAAGCACCAAGAUUGAGAAUAUUCGCUGGUGAAUAUCACUUCUCUUUACAUAGUCACAAUUUUGUUGCUAUAACUGCAACCAAUCAAAUCUGGAAGCAAAAGGUCCAUCUAGUUACUGGAGCGAGUGAUGAGGCUAAGAAUGCCAGCAGGGCAGAAAUUGCGAAGAUUCUAGCGACAGACUUCCAAAGUUCAUGUCAAAGAGAUGUUGAUCGAUUGAUCGAAUUCGCCCAACACAAUAGAGAACCGCUACUCGAUUUUUUUGGAUUUAAUUUAGGUGGACCAUUCUAUUGGGAUGCGAAACCAGAAUCAGCCGUCGAUCUCGCAGUAAUGGAAGUGUUCAUGAGUAAACUCAGCCAUGGUAGAUUCCACGCAACAUUGGUGCGCUCUCUUAAACCCGUCGCUAGAGCGGCUUUUGAAUACCAUGACGCGCAUUGGAAAUCUCAAAUGGAAGCCAGCAUCAGACAUGGUACUUAUCCUUUCUAUAGGAAGGUCAUUGGAGAUACAGCUGGAGAAGUAUUCGAGGACUGGGAGAAGGACCCCAACAUCACGCUUAUGCAUCAAAGAUGGAUGAGACAUCCACAUUUCGCAGAAGAAUUGAAGAUUUAUGCAUCUCAUGCAGCACGAAGAUCUUUCGGUUCACCAAGAGAUAUGCAAAUCGGCUUGAGUCUUGGUGUCAUUUUUGAAGGCAUGUGGGAGAAAUACAACAUCAGCCGUUACUUCAGUCCUGAGUUUACACACCAAAGUACAGUCAAGAGCAGAAAAGGACCUUUCAUACAAUUACACGUAACUGUUGAAAAGGAUGAGAACUUUGCCAUGCCUGAUGUCGCUCCAGGUACUCACAUGAAGUUUACCGUUGUACCUCUGCCUAUUGAUCCAGAAGCACCAAAGGAACCAGUAGCCGAUCUUGGAUUUAUCAUGGUUAAGGGUAUGAAGCAAAAGAGAAAGGCAAUGCCACCUGGUGGUUGGAUGCCUGCAACUGAGGUAGUUAACGCUCGUGUCCUAUCAGUCGACACUCAGAUGGACUUCGUUCUUGGAUUUCAAAUCGUCAAAGCAGACCACCAAAAAGCAUUCAGCAAUAAUGCUAAUUUAGAGAUUUGUAUCGAGAUGGAUAGAAAUACGAUCCCCGCCAAUCGCAUGUUGAUGGCUAUUGCGAAAAUUUGCGGUCCACCCAGGGCAGUAAACGAAUUCAGGCAACGAGCGUUUCUCAUGGGUCAUGGUGUCGAGAAUGUAGGUUCCUCUAUUUAUACUGAAUUCAAGGAUCAAAUGACCAAGCAACAGAGAGGUGCUUUCGACUAUUUGUGCAAAUCAAUGGACAUGAACAAGCAACAAUUGCGUGCAUGGGAGUUGAUGUUUUACAGCAACUGUCACACCAGCCUUCUUCAAGGUCCACCAGGAACUGGAAAGACAAAGACUGUUGCUGGUCAAGGUUUAGGACUUGCAUUAUGUGGAGUGAAGACUCUCAUUACUGCUCCUUCGAACACAGCCGCAAGAGAAGUAAUGAUCAAGCUUCUGGAUAUGUUGGCCACUGUCCGUGAAAAGUUCCCUCAAGUUGAUGAAUGGUUUGACAUUGUUUAUCUUCCAACUCGCGGUACCACCAUAUCCGAUUUGAAGGAAGCUGACAUUGACUGGGAUUCUCUAGCCUAUGGUAUCGUUGUAGAAGGAGAGAAUCAAACUGGUCAAGCCGGCCUUGAUAAGAACGCUCUCUGGAAACACGUGGUUAAGUCCUUUGAAGAGGAUGCCGAGAACAGAGAUGACGCGGAGAAACAACAGGUUGCCAAGCAAUGGUUGAUUACCCUCAAGCAUUUCAAGAACUGUGUGCCCAUCACUUCAAAGGAGAAGAAGAAGUUCUUCUUGAGAGCCGAGAGUAAGACACAGGAGAUCUUUACUUCCUUGACUUCCACGGUGAAGAUUGUGAUUUGCACUUGCAAUACUGCACAUCUCCUUCAAGGAUAUGGUUACAAGCCACAAGCCUGCCUCACGGAUGAAGCUACAUUCGGUGCUGAACCAGAAGUCUUGAUUCCAGCCGCACUGUGCGCUUCCAAGAAUCAAUACUCUGGUGAUCACAAGCAAUUGCACCCAGUCGUUAAAUCUGCCGGUCACAAUGAGUUCUCAAACCAGUUGGGUCUGUCGUUGUUUGAGAGAUUCUUCAAUCAUCACAGCGUUAAAUUGGUGAGAUUCAACAUGAAUUAUCGCAUGCCCAAGGAGAUUGCAGAUUUUCCAGGUACAGCAAUCUAUGAAUACUUGACUACUCAUUCUUGUACGUUGGAGGAAAGCGAUACGUAUAGAUAUAUCCGACAGUGGUGGGAUUCCGACAGUGCAGAAUCAUACAGAGAAGCUCGCCGCGCACCAGAAUAUGGCGGACUUAAGAACCUUCAAAUUCGUCGCCUAUUCAUCAACGUGAAGGGAGGUAAAUCGGCACACAAGCAAGGGAAAGCAUCGAAGAAGAACUUUGCCAACAUCAACGCCAUCAGCGAUUUCUUGAUGAACCUGUUCAGUCAUGAGCCUACCAAUCAGAUUCCGAAGAUUGAUCUUGAUAAAAUCACAGUCUUGUCACCCUAUAAGGAGGAGGUUACUGUGUUAUCGACACAGAUCCAAACAUCACUCGGAAUCAAGUAUCGUGGUCUCAAGAGGUUCCCUCGGUUUCGAACCAUCGAUGAUGUUCAGGGCGGUCAAAAUGAGCUGGUUUUACUUAGUAUCACACCUGCUGAUCAGCAUAAUGGUUCUCUUAUUGGCUUCUUGAGCGACUGGCACCACAUGAACCUCGGCUUGACCCGCGCUCAAAGUAACCUGGUAAUUUUCGGAAAUUUGGAUAUUUGGCGCUCACAACUCCCAGCACUUACUAGUACUUGCAAGAACUUUGGCUUCAUGAUUAUCGACCUUCUAGACCGUGGUGACAUCAUCGACGUUGAUGGACUCAAUGCCCUGCCAAAGAACAAGGCAGAGAGGCUCGCUGGUCCUGAUGCUUAUACGGUUAAAAUAAAGGAGACUCCCGCCGCUGCCUCUAGAUUGAGCUAUCGGUUGCAACAGUUGGUGGAUGGAUAUAACAAAGAGGAAUACGAGAAGCUUCUCCUCGAUGAAUGGCAAGCCAAAAGAGAUAAGGCCAUCGAGUACCAGAAAAAGGACAUUGAUGAAGUUGCUCUUGAUACGUUCGCUUUAGGAAUUAGUGAUAGCUAUGAAGGCGAAGAUGAUUCUAUAGAUAGUUAA